CUAGCUGCGCUUUUCGCUGGUACUCGAGACUUCAGCGGGACAACGCUGACUCGGGAACUUUGGCUUAAUCGCUCCACCUCCCUUUUUUAUUGUUUGUGGCGAAGGAGCUGUUUGAAUGCUACAAGCUGCGGGGGCGUUUUGUUCUCUGCUGCUGAUCCUGCCUCCUCAAAGUCGAAACGCGGGCGGCCACGCAGCUCUCCGCUGCCGGAGAGCCAACAAGAAAGGGCUUUUCUUAGUUGGCAUGCGAAGAGGCGAAUUUUGAAAACUAGAGAAUGGCUGGAUUUCCCUGGGAGGGCAAGCGGGGUGGAUUUAAAGUCCUGGUGGCGACGCUUUCCGUGGCUUUGGUUUAUUCCUAUAACAUCGAUCUGGAUCAUCCAGUGAUUUAUCAAGGACCCAAUAACUCUUUCUUCGGAUACUCGGUGCUGGAGCAUUAUUACGACAAUACUCGAUGGGUCUUGGUUGGCGCCCCAAAGGCAGAUUCUAAGUACAGUGCUUCUCUUAAGUCACCAGGAGCUGUAUUCAAAUGUCGGGUUCACACUAACCCUGAUAGGAGGUGCACAGAGCUGGAUAUGGGUCGAGCUAAUGUUCGAGGAACAUUCUGUGGAAAGACAUGUAAAGAAGAUAGAGAUGAUGAAUGGAUGGGUGUUAGUCUGGCAAGACAGCCAACGGUUGGAGGAAGUAUAUUGGCCUGUGCCCAUCGUUGGAAAAAUGUCUACUAUGAAACUGAGUACAUCCUUCCUCAUGGUUUUUGCAACAUUAUCCCUCCCAAUCUUGGAUUGAAUGGUAAAAAAUUAAUGCCUUGCUAUGAAGAAUAUAAGAAAAAAUAUGGUGAAGAGCAUGGCUCAUGUCAGGCUGGAAUAGCAGGUUUUCUCACAGAGGAGUUGGUUAUCAUGGGAGCUCCAGGGUCUUACUAUUGGACAGGAACGAUUAAAGUAUUGAAUCUCACUGAUAAUACAUAUUUCAAACUGAAAGAUGAAUCUAUGAUAGCCAAGCGUUACAUAUAUCUAGGAUAUGCGGUGGCAGCAGGUCACUUCUCUCAACUGAUGACCAUGGACGUCGUUGGAGGAGCUCCCCAGGAUGGAGGCGUUGGAAAGGUGUACAUAUUCCGCACAGAUAGGAAUUCUGGCUCUUUGAUCAAAAUCUUUCAGGCUUCUGGUAAAAAGAUGGGCUCUUACUUUGGCUCCUCCUUAUGUGCAGUAGAUCUGAAUUCUGAUGGACUUUCUGACCUGCUGGUAGGAGCACCCAUGUUUUCUGAGAUUCGGGAUGAAGGUCAAGUCACUGUGUUCCUCAGCAGAGGAAAUGGAGUUAUGGAAGAGCAACGUGUUCUGGAUGGCGAUAACGCCUACAACGCACACUUCGGGGAAAGCAUGGCAUCCCUUGGGGACAUUGAUAAUGAUGGAUUUCCAGAUGUUGCCAUUGGUGCUCCUAAAGAAGAUGACUAUGCAGGAGCAGUAUAUAUUUAUCAUGGAUACAUUGGGGGCAUCAUUCCUCGAUAUUCCAUGAGGAUAUCUGGAAAAAAGUUAAGUCCAUGGUUGCAGAUGUUUGGCCAGUCCAUUUCUGGAGAAGUUGAUAUGGAUGGAAAUGGUUAUCCAGAUGUGACAGUUGGCGCCUUUAUGUCAAACAAUGUAGUUCUUCUAAGAUCACGACCUGUCAUUACAUUGGAUAUUUCAAUUUUCCUGCCAGCAUCCAUUGACAUCACAGCUCCUCAGUGUCAUGAUGGCUUACAACAAGUGAAUUGUCUGAAUAUCACUGCUUGCUUUAGUUUCAAAGGCAAACAGGUUCCAGGACUGAUAGAUUUGAAUUAUAAUUUGACGUCUGAUGUGGCAAAGAAAGAAAAAGGAUACCCAAUCAGGGUUUACUUCAUCUCUUCUGGAGAAGCAAUGGGCCAGAUCACAGAACAAAUGCAGCUUUCCUACAUGCAGAAACAAUGCACAAGCUACUUGGCUUUUGUGAAGAGAAGAGUCAAAGAUGUUAUAUCACCAAUUGUCUUUGAAGCUACAUAUAGCCUUGGGGAACAUAUUCUGGAAAAGGAGGAAAAAGAAUUACCUGCUCUCAAGCCUGUACUCCAAUGGAAAAAAGGCCAGAAAAUGUCACAGAGAAACCAGACUAUUUUUGAAAGAAAUUGUCACUCAGAUGACUGUGCUGCUGACCUGAAACUCCAGUGUAAACUCUUCCUAUCUAGUGUUGAUGAUAGGGCUCCUUAUCUGGCUUUGGGAGCUGUGAAGAACAUCUCGCUGAACAUCACUAUCUCUAACAUUGGGGAUGAUGCUUAUGAUACAAACAUCGCUUUCAACUUUUCCAGAGAACUUUUCUUUAUCAAAAUGUGGCAAAAGGAUGAGAUGGGUAUUGCUUGUGAAUUGUUGGAACCGGACUCAGACUUCCUUAAGUGCAGUGUGGGCUUUCCCUUCAUGAAAUCUAAAUCCAAGUAUGAAUUCAGCGUCAUUUUUGACACAAGCCAUUUGUCUGGGGAAGAAGAAAUUCUUUCAUUCCUUGUAUCUGCUCAGAGUGGGAACUUGGAACACAAUCUUCAGGACAAUUCUCUCAUGUUGACAGUCCCCCUGAUGCAUGAAGUGGAUUCAUCUAUCACUGGAAUAGUGUCCCCCAGUUCUUUUAUUUAUGGCGAAUCAGUGGCAGCAUCUCAGUUUACAAAGCUGGAAGAUUUUGAGUGUCAUUUUCAGGACUUAAAUUUUACUCUUCAGGUCUAUAAUGCUGGGCCAAGUACCCUUCCUGGAUCUUUUGUUGACAUUUCAGUUCCCAAUCGUCUCUCAGCUACUGGAGCUGAUAUGUUUCAUAUUCAACAUAUGAUGGUUGCUCAGGAUAAAGGAAACUGCUCUUUUCAUAAUAACUCAACACCAUGUGUCAUUCCUCAGGAAAAGGAGAAUAUUUUUCACACAAUAUUUGCCUUUUUUACCAAGUCUGGCAGGAAAGUACUGGAUUGUGAAAGACCAGGCAGGUCCUGCUUAAUCAUACGGUGUAAUUUAAGUUCACUAGCAAAAGCUGAAUCCUGUAGCAUAGAUGUGCAAAUGCUUUUGAAUACAGAGAUACUAAAGAAGGACACCUCAUCAGUGAUUCAGUUUGUAACACGAGCAAAGGUGAGAGUGGACCCAAGCAAACGGGCAAUUGAAGUACCUAAUGUGAAUUCUGAAUAUGCAACAGUGGUCUUUGAGGCCUUGCACAAUCUGGAGGCUCGUGGUUAUGUGGUUGGAUGGAUCAUCGCUAUCAGUUUACUGGUGGGAAUUCUCAUCUUCCUGUUAUUGGCUGUACUGCUAUGGAAGAUGGGCUUCUUUCGCAGAAAAUACAAAGAAAUCAUUGAGGCUGAGAAGAAUAGAAAAGAGAAUGAAGAUAGUUGGGACUGGGUCCAGAAAAGCCAAUAAAUUAUACUGGGGGUAAGGAAACAUUAAAAUCCUGGCCAUGUGGUACACAGUUGUUACUUAUUGGUCCUGCUCUUGUAUCUUCCAUAUGUGGAAGAAGGAAUCUUCUCCAGAUUUUCCGGAGGCCCCAUUGAUGCAGUUGUUCUUCAUCACCUUACAGUAGGGAACGUCACACUGUCAGGUGACUCAACCAAUUUAUACAUCUUGGAAGAAAUGAACUUGGAUAAUUAAGCUGCAGUGCAGAUCAAUAUUUAUGAAUCCAACAUAUAUGUGGUAUACCCUCAGGGGAAGACUUGUUUCCAAAAAAAUACUUUUCAUAAGCUUUUAUAUGGAGUGUGAGUGUGUAUGUGUAUGUAUCAAUGUUGUAUGUUUUCUGUUGAGAUAGAUUCACAAUAGCUGCUACAGUCCUAUAUUCACAUUUUCUUGGAAACCAAGUUCCAAUAAAUUCAAAAGAGCUUACUUCUAAGUAGGUAUAUUAGACAAUGCACUGUUAGAUUGUAAUCUUUUGCACACUUACCAAUAGCAUUUAGUUGGGUGUAAUGGGGCUUCCUUAUAGGUAAGUUCACAAAGGACCCUGUAAAGCACUGAUAUCCAGCUGAAAUUUUGAUCAUGCAUAUGUUUUUGUAUCUAUUAUACUGUAUUUGUGACUGUCAAUGCGAAAGAGAAGCAGAUGAAAAGAAUGGAAAGAUUUCAUGUAAUAGAACCAGUCCUGAUUUUAGUUUAUAUAAAAGCCAAAUACUUUCAUUUUAAAAAAUAGGAAAUUAAAAGUUUGCCUACAUGAAAUUAAAAAAAAACUAUUAUUCAAGGAUUAAGCAUGACAUCCAUUUCAAAAGGAACAAUUUGCAGCCCUCUGUAGCAGGAAGGAGAGGGGGAGGAAGGGAGGGAGGGAGGGAGAGAGAGAGAGAGAGAGAGAGAAAGAGAGAGAGAUUUACAUUUUCUUGAGCUAUCACUUGGCAAUGGUUAAUGCUUUCAAUGUGAGGUUCCAUUUAUUUAUACUUACAGCAGAGUUUUGUGUUGUGUGAAGUGCAAACUGCAUGGCAAAUCAUCAGUAGAACGGGAGGGAUUUUGACAUUUUGGUUUAAACUGUGUUUUAGUGGAUGGCACACACCAGAUUGUCUUGAAGGGCAGCAAGAAGACACUUCCAAAAUUAAUUGGAAGUAUCCCAAAAAGUAAUUUUGGAAUUAAUCACUCUCAUUAAUUUUGUAGUAUCCCCUAUUGAGGGGAGGGAGGAAAGAAAGUGAAGAUGGAAAAUUUGGAGGACCAUGUUUGUUUAAAAAAAUACAAUUUAUGCCACUAUAUACUCACAUGGAAAAUGAUUGUUCUGGAAAGGAAAAUAAAGGCUAUGUACUAUUCUGUUUAUGCCUAUUCUCUAUGUUUCUCCCAAUAGGUGAUAUUCUUUUUGGAUGAUUAAAAAUGUAUUGUAAUUAAAUAUCAAAUGCUCAUACUUUUAGUUGGCUUUAUUGAUAGGACACAUUGCAUUAGAGAAAGAACCACAAAUAACUCGCUUUGACUCAAUAAAGGAAACUUUUCACUGAGAUGGGAUGAAGUGAGGAAGCUGUGUUAAAAGUUUAUAAAUGUUGAAAAGAGACAUUCCCAUUAUAUAAUGUCUGCUUAUUAAAAGUCAGUUUAUUCAUGUACAAUUUGAAGCUACAGAGGUUCAGAAAGAAAUGUUUUCUGAUGUGCUGUGACUCAUCUAUAUUUUUGUCACAGGUUUUUCUACUUGAUGCUUUUAAGAUGGAAGAAUCAUUUCAAAUUGGGACAUUCUGAAUCCCAUCCACACAUUUGGCCUUUGAGCAAUGUCCUCUUGUUGCUCCAUUAUGCAGCUAUUAGAGUAUAAAAAAUAAUGCCAACAUGUGACAUCAGGACCUUAGAGCUCAGAAGAUCAGCAAAAAAGAGUUUCCUAUUAAUUUGAAAAAAUAUGUCCUUUCCCCCCCACAAUGGAAUGUGGAAUGUGAAUUUAUUAAAAUAAUUACCAAAAUUCUUAACAAUUUCUACCUUUUCGAUAUUUCAGCUUGUGGCACAAUCUUUUGUUUCUGUUUUAAAAAGUACAUAAAAAGUUAAUGCAAACAUUAUGCCUACAUAAGAUAUGCAAAUAUUUAUAAGGUGUUAGUGGAUCAAAUAAUUUCCCUUUGACACUAUUAUGCACAGUGUCAUCCCAACAGAAAUAUUUAUAAGGAGAAUUUUGAUCAAUUUAGUAGUAGAUAUUUUGCAGUGGAGAUAACUUUAAAUAAAUUGUUGGUUGUUGAAUCAAAAUGUGUCUUUCUUUUAAGGAAUUUAAGGAAUUAAAACUUUAUUCUCAUUACAACAUGGCUCAUAUUUAUUUUAAAGCUUAUGCCUUAAAAUAAAUAAUGGAUUUCAAUUGUAGUGUUGAAUGUAUCACUAUAAAGUUGAGUCUUAGUUCUAUUGAUGUAUUUAUUAAGUCACCAAAAGACAAUAUGGCUAAAGAAAUGAAGUUUUCUUAUUUUUUAAACCAAUGAUUCAUGAAUCAUAAUAGAAAGAAAUCAUUGUAUUAUUUCCAUAAGACUUAACCCAAACUCCCCAAAGAGGUCCUUCCUAUUAUAAGUAUAGGUUUUCCUCCGUCAGUCUAAAUCAGGGGUGUCAAACAUCAUCAUGUGACAUAUCACAACUUUUUUCUCCUUUGCUAAAAUGUGAGUGGGCAUGGCCAGUACGUGAUGCAUCUGGCAGGCCACUAGUUUGACACCCCUGAUCUAGAUCCAUUUAAGAUCAGUGCUUUAAGUGCAUCUUUUUUUAAGGUUGUGAACAAUCAUUACAGAAAUUUUGGUUUAAAGGAUUUGAGUGAAAAAGCCUCUCUUUGUCAGUUAAUAAUAAUGGGCCACAAAUUGAGAACCGACAAAGGAUAGAAAUCACUACCUAUGAUUGAAAAAAAGCCCCCCAAAAUGAAUGGAAACUCUGCGGUGUGCUUCUUAUGGUUCAGUUAAUAUUAACAAUUACUUCAGAUUAAUAAUAUGGUUCUAGUAAUAAUGAAAUGAAUUUCCAAAGCAGUGAUUUAGAUGGUUUUUUUAAAGUUUUCUGUAUUGCCUUUGUAUUGGUCUUUCUGUGCAGCCCUGUGAUUGGUUUUUUACUUUCACUUACAAUAAACAGCAUUGACACUGACACCUAUCCAGAUAUACUAAAGAAUAAAUACAUUAAAUUUGUGUUAAAUUUUCAUAACUCUUUAUCAAGUAUCAAUCACUUUUAAUUAACACCAAUAGUGUAACACAGAGACAAGAUAUAAGCAAGUAUACACAAAGCAUGGCUGAAUCAUACUUACUACAGCUUAUAAAAGCAAAAUUAAUCCAACUUGAUAAGUAGAGCUUCUUUAGGUGACUUAAUGAAUAAAUUAGUAGGAUCAACAUGAUAGCAGUAUGCCAGUAUUUGAGACGCUACUACAAAGAGGAGGAGGUCAACUUAUUUUCCAAAGCACCAGAGGGCAGGGCAAGAAACAAUGGAUUGAAACUAAUAAUGGAGAGAAGCAAUCUGGAAUUAAGAAGAAACUUCCUAACAGUGAGGACAAUUAAGCAAUGGAAAAGCUUUGUUGUAAGAAGUGGGUGCUUCAUCACUGCAAGUUUUUAAGAAAAGACUGGACAGCCACUUGUCUGAGAUGAUAUAGGCUCUCCUGCUUUCCUUUCAAGGUUUUUUAUUUUUUAAUACAAAGUAUACAUAUUAUAGAAACAAAAAGUUGUCUGGGUCUUUUCUUUUACAUUGUCUCAAUUACAUAGUCCUUUUUUACAUCAUAGUUUUGUUUUCACUUUCAGCCACUUUAU